GGGGGACUGUGUGUCCCUCCCCCAGGAGUACAGACAGGGGGGCUGUGUGUCCCUACCCCAGGAGUACAGACAGUUUUUCUGGGUCUGCCAUGUUUGGAAAAAGUGGAUGGGCAUUUUCUGGGUAGCCAGGUCUGCCUGUGUCUGCCUGUCUCUAUGGCCAGGCUGUGGUCACUGAGCCUGUACUUGGUCAGGAUCUGUCUCUGCUUCGUAUCUCUGACAGUGGAGAGAUACUCUGCUAAGGGAUAGUUUCUUUUUAGUGCCCGAUAGCAAUCCAGUUUAUUUGGGGAUUUUGUUUCUAUGUCCCAAUGUUUCAGAUAGGAGUUUUUGGUUUGUUUUAUAAUUUGUUUUACUCUGCUUGGAGGCUGGUAAGCAGUGUUGACCUGAAGCUGGUUUGUGUUCGCAUCAGUGGGGGUCAGUGCAGUGAGCUUGCAGGCAUGUUAAAAUGACUCUAAGCUUUCCCCACUCGUGUUGACGUCAUAUUCCUCCGACAGACAAGAACCAAUCAAAACGCGAGACUGUUAAGCAGUUCCAUCCCCAAAACCGGGGCUGCGUCAUACCUCCGCGUCUUUUCAAAGAGAACAACAACAAACGAUAGAAAUUUAAAAGAAAAAAGAUUGCGCUCCGCAGAGUUGUUUUUAAUUUAUUUAACAUUUUGUUGCGCACCACUUGACAAGGCGUGGACGAUAAAUAAUAAAAACCGCUACUAAACAGAAUCCCGUGUGCUGCCAUGGACAGUGUGAAGAUGGACUCUGUCCAGAUUAAAGAGGAGUUCCCUGAACUUGAACCUGCCCCCAUUAGAGUGGAGUUCUCUGGGCUGGCUUCCCUCCCCAUUAAACAGGAGCUCUGUGAGAUGCAAUGUGACAGCAGCCAGCCAGAGGUCUCUGACAUUAAAGCUGAGCAUAAUGAACAGGAGAUCCCCCAGACAGAAGAACACCUUCCUGUGAAACAAGAAGAGGUGCUGGAAACUGACUGUAUUAAACAGGAGCCCCCUGAAGUAGAGUUUGACCACAUGGAACCAGGGAAGGAAGAAUCUGAGGACUUCAAACCAAACAUCCCUGAGCUGGAGCCUGUACGCCUGCGGGAGUGUAGCGUGGUGCUGGAGAGAAUCUGCGUGAGAGAGCAAGGCGCUGGAGAGGAAGGCUCUCCCAACAGCAUGCAAGGAGGUGGAAAGGAAGACGGGCGCUCCCAUUCAGAAUGCAGUCUAGCAGGUUCCAGUCCAGCAGCUAAGAGGACGGCCGGUGGUGAAUAUUCUGACUGUGGGAAAGGUUUCACCCAGUUAGGACGUUUAAAAAUACACCAGCGAAUUCACACAGGAGAGAAACCGUAUCGCUGCUCUGACUGUGGGAAGAGUUUCAGUCGCUUAGGAAACCUGAAAACACACCAGCAAAUUCACACAGGAGAGAAAACAUAUCGCUGCUCUGACUGUGGGAAGAGUUUCAUUCAGUCAGAUCAUCUGAAAAGACACCAGCGAAUUCACACAGGAGAGAAACCGUAUUGCUGCUCUGACUGUGGGAAGAGUUUCAGUCGCUUAGGAAACCUGAAAACACACCAGCAAAUUCACACAGGAGAGAAACCGUAUUGCUGCUCUGACUGUGGGAAGAGUUUCAGAAAUUCAGGAACACUGAAAACACACCAGCGAAUUCAUACAGGAGAGAAACCAUAUUGCUGCUCUGACUGUGGGAAGAGUUUCAGAGUUUCAGAAAAACUGAAAACACACCAGCGAAUUCACACAGGAGAGAAACCAUAUUGCUGCUCUGAUUGUGGGAAGAGUUUCAGUCAGUUAAGUAACAUGAAAACACACCAGUUAACUCACACAGAAGAGAAACCAUAUUGCUGCUCUGAUUGUGGGAAGAGUUUCAGAGAAAGAGGAACCCUGACAAAACAUGAGCAAAUUCACACAGGAGAGAAACCAUAUUUAUGCUCUGACUGUGGGAAGAGUUUCAGAAAUUCAGGAAAACUGAAAACACACCAGCGAAUUCACACAGGAGAGAAACCAUAUUUAUGCUCUGACUGUGGGAAGAGUUUCAGGCAUGCAGUCUCCCUGAAUAAACACCAGCGAAUUCAUACAGGAGAGAAACCGUAUUGCUGCUCUGACUGUGGGAAGAGUUUCAGAGAAAGAGGAACCCUGACAAAACAUGAGCGAAUUCACACAGGAGAGAAACCGUAUUGCUGCUCUGACUGUGGGAAGAGUUUCAGAAAUUCAGGAACACUGAAAACACACCAGCGAAUUCAUACAAGAGAGAAACCGUAUCGCUGCUCUGACUGUGGGAAGAUUUUUAGUCAGUUAAGAACCCUGAAAAGACACCAGCGAAUUCACACAGGAGAGAAACCAUAUUCCUGCUCUGACUGUGGGAAGAGUUUCAUUCAGUCAGGACACCUGAAAAGACACCAGCGAAUUCAUACUGGAGAGAAACCAUUUCGCUGCUCUGACUGUGGGAUGAGUUUCAGUCAUUCAGGAGACAUGAAAAAGCACCAACGAAUUCACACAGGAGAGAAACCGUAUUGCUGCUCUGACUGUGGGAAGAGUUUCAGUUUUUCAGGAGACAUGAAAAAACACCAGAGAAUUCACACAGGAGAGAAACCGUAUCACUACUCUGACUGUGGGAAGAGUUUCUGUUUUAAAACCAAUCUUCAUACACACCAACAAAUUCACACAGGAGAGAAACCAUAUCACUGCUCUGACUGUGGGAAGAGUUUCCGUUUGAAAACCAACCUUCAUAUACACCAACGAAUUCACACAGGAGAGAAACCGUAUCACUGCUCUGAUUGUGGGAAGAAUUUCCGUACUAAAAAUGACCUUCGAGUACAUCAACGAAUUCAUACAGGAGAGAAACCGUAUUGGUGCUCUGACUGUGGCAAGCACUUCCGUCAGGCAGGAGCUCUGAAAUCACACCAGCGAAUUCACAACGGUGACAAAGCCCAUGUUCAUUCAGAACGAAACCUUAACCUUGCAUUACGUGUCAACGUCAUAUUCCUCCGACAGACAAGAACCAAUCAAAACGCGAGACUGUUAAGCAGUUCCAUCCCCAAAACCGGGGCUGCGUCAUACCUCCGCGUCUUUUCAAAGAGAACAACAACAACAAACGAUAGAAAUUUAAAAGAAAAAAGAUCGAGCUCCGCAGAGUUGUUUUUAAUUUAUUUAACAUUUUGUUGCGCACCACUUGACAAGGCGAGGACGAUAAAAAAAGAAAAACUACUAAACAGAAUCCCGUGUGCUGCCAUGGACAGUGUGAAGAUGGAAUCUGUCCAGAUUAAAGAGGAGCUCCCUGAACUUGAACUUGUCCCCAUUAGAGUGGAGUUCUCUGGGCUGGCUGCCCUCCCCAUUAAACAGGAGCUCUGUGAGAUGCAAUGUGACAGCAGUCAGCCAGAGGUCUGUGAGAUUAAAGCUGAGCACAAUGAAUUGGAGAUCCCCCAGACAGAAGAACCCCUUCCUGUUAAACAAGAAGAGGUGCUGGAAACUGUCCGUAUUAAACAGGAGCCCCCUGAAGUAGAGUUUGACCACAUGGAACCAGGGAAGGAAGAAUCCGAGGACUUCAAACCAAACAUCCCUGAGCUGGAGCCUGUACGCCUGCGGGAGUGUAGCGUGGUGCUGGAGAGAAUCUGCGUGAGAGAGCAAGGCGCUGGAGAGGAAGGUUCUCCCAACAGCACGCAAGGAGGUGGAAAGGAAGACGGACGGUCCCAUUCAGAAUGCAGUCUAGCAGGUUCCAGUCCAGCAGCUAAAGCGAGGGCGGGAGGUGGAGAAUAUCCUGACUGUGGGAAGAGUUUCAUUCACUUAGGAAACCUGAAAACACACCAGCAAAUUCACACUGGAGAGAAACUGUAUCGCUGCUCUGACUGUGGGAAGAGUUUUAGGGAUUCAGGAACCCUGAAAAGACACCAGCGAAUUCACACAGGAGAGAAACCGUAUUGCUGCUCUGACUGUGGGAAGAGUUUCAUUCAGUCAGGACACCUGAAAAGACACCAGCGAAUUCAUACUGGAGAGAAACCAUUUCGCUGCUCUGACUGUGGGAUGAGUUUCAGUCAUUCAGGAGACAUGAAAAAGCACCAACGAAUUCACACUGGAGAGAAACCGUAUUGCUGCUCUGACUGUGGGAAGAGUUUCAGUUUUUCAGGAGACAUGAAAAAACACCAGCGAAGUCACACUGGAGAGAAACCAUAUCUCUGCUCUGACUGUGGGAAGAGUUUCAGUUUUUCAGGAGACAUGAAAAAACACCAGAGAAUUCACACAUUAGAGAAGCCGUAUUGCUGCUCUGACUGUGGGAAGAGUUUCCGUUUUAAAAACAAUCUUCAUACACACCAACAAAUUCACACAGGAGAGAAACCAUAUCACUGCUCUGACUGUGGGAAGAGUUUCCGUUUGAAAACCAACCUUCAUAUACACCAACGAAUUCACACAGGAGAGAAACCGUAUCACUGCUCUGACUGUAGGAAGAGUUUCCGUUUUAAAGCCAACCUUCUUACACACCGACAAAUUCACACGGGAGAGAAACCGUGUCACUGCUCUGACUGUGGGAAGAGUUUCCGUACUAAAAAUGACCUUCGAGUACAUCAACGAAUUCAUUCAGGAGAGAAACCGUAUUGGUGCUCUGACUGUGGCAAGCACUUCCGUCAGGCAGGAGCUCUGAAAUCACACCAGCGAAUUCACAACGGUGACAAAGCCCAUGUUCAUUCAGAACGAAACCUUAACCUUUCAUUAUGAGUUCCUGUGUAAUUUACUGUUUUGUGUAUCGCUCUAGAGCUUGAGAUUUAAAUGGUCAAAAUGCUGUUCAGCAACUAGCACUCUGAUUGUGUCAGAAAGUGGGCGGAGACGCGGACGCGUCACAAGAGGCUUCUCUGCUGUCAGUUUAACUCAGGCUGUCAAUGCAGUCAUAAGAACAUAAGAAAGUUUAACAACGAGAGGAGGCCAUUCAGCCCAUCUUGCUCGUUUGGUUGUUAGAUCCCAGAAUCUCAUCGAGCAGUUCUUGAAGGAUCCCAGGGUGUCAGCGUCAAUAACAUUACUGGGGAGUUGGUUCCAGACCCUCACAAUUCUCUGUGUAAAAAAGUGCCUUCUAUUUUCUGUUCUGAAUGCCCCUUUAUCUAAUCUCCAUUUGUGACCCCUGGUCCUUGUUUCUUUUUUCAGGUCGAAAAAGUCCCCUGGGUCGACACUGUCAAUACCUUUUAGGAUUUUGAAUGUUUGAAUCAGAUCACCGCAUAGUCUUUGUUCAAGACUGAAUAGAUUCAAUUAUUUUAGCCUGUCUGCAUACGACAUGCCUUUUAAACCCGUGAUAUUCUGGUCGCUCUUCUUUGCACUCUUUCUAGAGCAGCAAUAUCCUUUUUGUAUCGAGGUGACCAGAACUGAACACAAUAUUCUAGGUGAGGUCUUACUAAUGCAUUGUAAAGUUUUAACAUUACUUCCCUUGAUUUAAAUUCAACACUUUUCACAAUAUAUCCCAGCAUCUUGUUGGCCUUUUUUAUAGCUUCCCCACAUUGUCUAGAUGAAGACAUUUCUGAGUCAACAUAAACUCCUAGGUCUUUUUCAUAGAUCCCUUCUUCAAUUUCAGUAUCUCCCAUAUGAUAUUUAUAAUGCACAUUUUUAUUGCCUGCAUGCAAUACUUUACACUUUUCUCUAUUAAAUGUCAUUUGCCAUCUGUCUGCCCAGUUCUGACUGCUGUCUUGAUCAUUUUGAAUGACCUUUGCUGCUGCAACAGUGUUUGCCACUCCUCCUAUUUUUAUGUCGUCUGCAAAUUUAACAAGUUUGCUUACUAUACCAGAAUCUAAAUCAUUAAUGUAAAUUAAUGAUUUAGUUACACCACUGGUUACCUUGCUCCAUUUUGAGGUUUCUCCUCUAAUCAGUACUUUCCGUUUUCUACAUGUUAACCACUCCCUAAUCCAUGUGCAUGCAUUUCCUUGAAUCCCUACUGCAUCCCUUCCUUUCUGCAUAUUCCCGAUCCCAGUCAUUGCCUGGGAGCGGGAAUAUGCAGAAAGGAAACUAUUCUGCACCUCAUCUGAUGGACGAGUCAGGAGAAAUUGAUAACUCAGUGUGGGGAAUCAGUAUCAGGGUUUAGCAUUUAAACUGCAUAGACUUGAAAAUAAAUAAAUUGAUGGAACGACUAUCCCGACCCCGGUAUGUAGCAUCCCAGAGACAAGACUGCACCGUCCUUACUGGACAACCGCCUGGAGGGUUUUAUUCUGUAAUCCCUGAAUAAAAAAGAUCGUGUUGCACCUGGACUCCAAGGUGAGAGGUUGAAGAUGAAUAAUCCUUUGUGCUAGGGUUAGGUUUUCAGUAAGAAGAGAGAGCUACUCAUUUAACGCAGAUGCAAAUUAUUUUGGAGCCUUCCCAGGGAAGAAAUGUGAAUAAAAUAAAACAUCCUAGUUCAAACAGCUGAGUGUAAAGGAUUGUGGGAAAUGUAUUCACUUGCACCCACAUUAGCAUCUCUGUUCUGUAUUUUAGUGUCGUUUGGGGACUUCAGUUCCCAUGAUGCAUUUCGAGUUGCCAUGCUGCUCACACAAAUACGUGCGCUCCUUGAAGACAAGUGGAGGUGCUGAAAGCGAUGGAUAAUGCAGCACCGUACAAGAAAAAGAAAGAUGCUGCUGCAGAUUUCAACAUUCCCACAAGCACUUUGAAAACCGUUCUGAAAUAACGGGAUACAAUAAUACAGGCCUGUGAACAGCAAACUGGAUGCAAGUCGUCAGCGUUUCUGAUUUGCUCAAUACCUGAUGCUGAGGACGCCUUGCUUCUGUGCUUUAAAAAUGCCUGUGAUCAGAAUGUGCCUGAAUCUGGAAUCACUAUGAGACACACCCUGAGGAAUGAGCACAGCAGCUGGGACAUGCACAUUUCAACUGCAGUUCAUUUGCCAUGUAUACUUUUUAAAAGCUCACUUACAACUGUAAUUACAUUUAUAAUACUUUUCACUGUAGCCGACUGUAAUUGAAAUUUGAUUUCAGUCUCACUGUAACUUCAAUACAAACUGACCAUAUGCAUUUGAGACUGCUGAUAAUCAGAAUUACUGAUAGCACUUUUUUGCUGGUCCCUUGAAAUUCAUUUUCAUGAGAAUUGACAGUAUGUGUAUAUGUGGUGUACAUGCGCGUCCGCAGUUAGGAACUGGUUUAGGGUGCAAUAAGGAAACUAUAUAACAAUAUAUAACAAGCAUCAUUACAUUUAGAUUUGAAUACAACACAAAACAGACACAUAUAAAAAGCAUCAUUACAUUUAGAUUUGAAUACAACACAGAACAGCCACAUAUAAAAAGCAUCAUUGCAUUUAGAUUUGAAUACAACACAGAACAGACACAUAUAAAAAGCAUCAUUACAUUUAGAUUUGAAUACAACACAAAACAGACACAUAUAAAAAGCAUCAUUACAUUUAGAUUUGAAUACAACACAGAACAGCCACAUAUAAAAAGCAUCAUUGCAUUUAGAUUUGAAUACAACACAGAACAGACACAUAUAAAAAGCAUCAUUACAUUUAGAUUUGAAUACAACACAAAACAGACACAUAUAAAAAGCAUCAUUACAUUUAGAUUUGAAUACAACACAAAACAGACACAUAUAAAAAGCAUCAUUACAUUUAGAUUUGCUUCCCCCAGUCAUACAGUUAAUAAAGUGUUUUAAAAAACAAUCACCAUCUCAAAUAAAUAACCAAAGAACAUUCUACAUUGAAAUUGAGUUAAAAAAUGUUUUACUGACUAUACCUUACUACUACUUAUCGUUUGCAUGAUUUAUUUUAAUUGCAAAUCUAUAUACUGCACUAUUUCAGUUUUGUUACAGGAUACAUUAGUUUAUCUCUGAUGUAAUCACAGUUUUACAUAUACGCUGCCCCUGUUCUGAGGCUAUGUGCCAAAUUCUGGCCUGCUCUGAUGUUCCGAAUUCAGACGAGUUUAUGGGAUGUUCUGCUCUUACACAUGACAGCCCAGUUUCUAGGUCAUGCUCAGUUUACCAUAAAAUGUACAACAGAACUGGACAGUGAAUUCAUUUAAGAAUAACCUUUAGUACAUGAAUCAAAGUUUGAAAAUUUUUUGACUCUCCCCAAAUUUUGUUUUAAGAAGAAACAGAAAUCAAAUUUUUUUUUUUUUUUAAAGUGUAUUUAUUUAUUACAAUGAAGAAGCUGCAUCACACUGAAAUAGAUUAUUAAAGGUUAAUAUUAAAAUACAUUUUUGAGAAGGAACAUGGCAUUCCAAAAAAAGGACAUCUCAUUAGCUUAUGUAAUGUCCAUCAAUAUAUAGUCAUGUGUAGCGGUUUAUCAGACCUCAAUAUGAAUAGAAUAGUGGAAUUCAACAUAUUUUAUAAACCUAUUACAUGCAAAAAAAUAAAUAAAUACAAACAUACAAAAAAGGCCUAUAUCUGCGGUUUAACACAUGGGUUUUAAGAGACCAGCGCCCUUCAACAACUUAACAUGGAUAUUAUUGGAUUGCAUUGGUCAAUUACUCCUCAUCUAUUCCUGAUAGUUAUACUGUAGGCUGGCGUGAGCAAGAUUAUUGCAAAUAAAAGAUUUAAACAAACAAACAAAACACUUUGCAAAAUAAAAUGGCACGGUGCCCAAAACAGACAAACAAAACACAAAAUAAA